UAUUUUGUAGUGGUGGUUUGUAAGUGGCAAUGUCGCCGCCUUUUUAUUUUUUUUAUUUUGGUUCCUAGCCAAAUAUCAAAAAGAGUGUUUGUUUGUGUCUAUUCAUUCCUUUUUGUAUUGACACUUGUAGUGUAUUUUUUUUGGGCACGUGUUAUUUUUAUAGUAAAUCUUUUAUUGAAAGCCAAUAUCCUUUUCUUUUGUUUUCUUUUUUUAUUGUUAAUAAAAGCAUGUAGCCUAACUGCUUAUACAUUUCAAUAAGAAUAAGUUCCCAUUUAUUAGACAAAAUUAAAAAUGGACCUUUUUUCUGAAGAGUAUUAGGUCAGAAAAAAAUAAAAUGUUGUAGUGUUAGCGUGUGGUCAAGUUGGUAAACUUUCUGCCUUUGGGGUGAAGGUUUGGGGUUCGAGUCCUUUCAAGUCUAAUCAAUUUUAAUUUGCUUCUUUUUCUUAUUUUUAGAUGUUCUAAAUUUAUUUUCUUUAAAUCAUUCUCUAUAUUCUAUUUUUUCUUAUGGGAGAACCUUUAAAACUUGAAUGGCCUGUACUUUUUGGAAAAUUUGUUGAAGCAGUUACUGAUGUUGGUGCUGAUGAAGAAAUUAAUUUUUUGAGGUUAACUGAAUGCGAGAAAGAAGAUUCGGAUGACUGGACAGAUCAUUUAUUUUGUGAUUGUACAGCAAUGACUAUAAUCGAUAAAUUUGGAGAAACGAUAGCUGUUGUCCCUUUACAUCAAAUAGCAUCGGUCGGUCUAUUACCCUCUAAAAAUAUUUUAUCAGUGAGAAUUGGAGAUGUCAAUCUAUCCAAAGAUUUGUUUGAUUUGUUAAUUAUUUAUAUUCCAAAUGAAAUGAUUGCAAAAGAAAUUUGUCAAUAUUUUGUUAAUUGUUUUCAAUUUAUUUAUCGAGAAGCUAUUAGUGAAUUUGAAAAGGAGAAGGUGGAUGAAGAAGAUGAUUUUUUGGUGGAACAACAAAAUUUGGACUUGGAAAAAAAAUUCCUCCCCUCAACAUUAAUUUCUUCUUCAUCAACAUCAGCAAGUUUGUGUUCUUCACCAAUUUCAAGUAUUUUUCAACAACAAAUUAAAACAACGACAAAUUGUUUAAAAAUUGAAGAAGAAAAUAUAAAUUUAAAUAAAAAUAAUUAUUUAAUUACAAAUUCAACAACAACAAAUUCAAGCCUUUCCUCUUCUUCUAAUUUAUCAACAAUAAAUAUUUGUGGUAAUGGAAGUUAUGUUGAAUUAAUUAAUGAGUAUUUAACUGAUUUGGUGGUAGUUGUGGUGUAGUGGUUAGCGUCACUGUCUGUGCUAGUUUCUCUGUGUGGGUUCGAAUCCUUUUGGGGCAAUUCUUUUUAUUUUGCUUAUUUUUAGUUUGUUUUUGAUAGAAAAAAAAUUUUUUAAUCAGAAAAAAUUCUCCAAAAAUUUUUUUAACAUUUUUUUGCAUUU